AUGGCGAGACUUUUCUUCAUUUUGGUUGGAGGUGUUGAAAUGUCUCUCGGAUCGUUGGUGACCCUCUACAUUCUUGGAAUAUUCCCCAAACAACCAUCACAGUUGAACGGUGCAUUAGUAACAUCAACGUUUUGGGCUGGUGUUCUCAUUACACGUCUGGUGUGCACGUUCAGUAUCCGAAUGGCCACCUCACCACGAGUGAUGCAAAUGCUUUUGCUGGCUGCAUCGGCACUUUGUGGCUAUGCUGCGCUAUUCCCAUCGACUACUCUCCAUGCAAUCUGUUUGCAGCUGUUCCUUAUCGGUGUAUUGACUUCGUCACUGCAGCCUGGUUUGUUGUGUUGGCUAGACUCNUUCCUUAUCGGUAAAUUCUGUUAUUCUAAAGAUUAG